AUGGGGCCCUCUGAGGAUGCCCAGACUGCCUCGAGCUAUCCAGUUGCAGGGGCUUUGAAAUGCCAAAGUAGUACGAGUGAUAGAGAUACCAUGCACGUCUCUUCUUCAAUUUUGGAUGCGGCAGGGCCCAGUGCCUCUGAAAACCUGGGAAGCAGCAAACGCACGCAUGCCAAGAGGGAGCAAGAUGUUACUCUCUUUCAGCAGCUGCUGGAGGAGACAGAAGCAGCUGACGCCAAGGACUAUGUUCCCCUCAAAAAGCGCAAGGCGAUAAGGGAGCAGCUGCUGCGGAAACAGCUCCAGGCACUGAGUGCCCACCUGGAGACGGAGGACGGGGUGCAGGGACAGAGUGAAUCAGAGCCGGAUAUCGAGGCAAAGCAGAAGGAGGCUAAGCAAAAAGAAGCAGCCAUUUCCAAGGCCCGCUUGGAUUUCCGAAAGACUCUCCUUGCAACUAGCCGCAAACUACGACAGGAGGCGGAGAAGAACAAAAAGGAUGUUGUCCAGGAAAUAGAAGAAGAGGAGCAGCGCAUUCUUGAACAGGUGUCCAAGUCAUUGGGGGCUCCCCUGCAGGGCGUGCGAGAGCGCGCCAAGGGUAUUGUGUAUUCAAAAAGGAUGGCUACGUCUUGGACAAUGCCUUUGAAGUACCAAGAGAUGACUGAGGCAGAGGCUAAGGAGGUCAGGGAGCGCUUCUUUGUUGACGUUAACGGCACUGAUGUGCCUCCCCCGUUUCGGAACUUUAAAGACAUGUGCUUUCCUCAGCCUAUUCUAGAUGCCCUGAAGAAUAAGAACAUAACAGCUCCAACACAAAUUCAAAUGCAAGGCAUUCCAGCGCUGCUGCAGGGCAGGGAUUUGAUUGGGAUUGCAUUUACGGGCAGCGGCAAGACCCUGGUAUUCACCCUACCGAUGCUCAUGGGAGCCCUGGAGUCCGAGAUGAGAUCCCCAUAUUCCAUUGGGGAGGGCCCGUGGGGACUGGUGGUAUGUCCUUCUAGGGAGUUGGCAAGCCAAACCACAGACGUUGUAAACUUUUUUGCGACUGCUCUCCAUAACGGUGGCUAUCCGCAGCUACGGUCUCUCUGUAUGAUUGGGGGGGUCAGCGUCCAGGAACAGGCUGCGUUUAUUCGAAACGGAGUGCACUGCGUGGUGGCAACACCAGGUAGAUUAACGGAUAUGUUAAAUAAGAGGCGCAUGGGCCUAAACCAGUGCCGUUAUCUUGCGUUCGACGAGGCAGACAGAAUGGUGGAUAUGGGGUUCGAGGAGGAAGUAAGAAACGUGUUGGAUUGUUUUGGCCACCAGCGCCAGACGCUGCUCUUCUCGGCGACUAUGCCCAGGAAAAUUCAGGAGUUUGCAAAGUCCGCGCUUGUAGAUCCAAUCGUCGUCAAUGUUGGCAGGGCAGGUGCCGCCAACCUCGAUGUAAUUCAGGAAGUGGAAUACGUAAAACAGGAGAACAAGCUGCCCUACCUUUUGCAUUGCUUGCAGAAGACAGAACCCCCGGCUCUAGUGUUUUGUGAAAACAAGAAGGAUGUGGAUGACAUACAAGAAUAUCUUCUUUUAAAAGGAGUAGACGCGGUUGCGAUACACGGGGGUCUCGCACAGGAAGAACGAAGCGAAGCCGUUAGGCUCUUCAAAGAAGGGAAGAAGGACGUGUUGGUUGGAACAGACGUUGCUUCGAAGGGGCUUGACUUCCCUGCAAUUCAGCAUGUAAUCAACUUUGACAUGCCGAAGGAGAUAGAAAACUACGUCCAUCGGAUAGGGCGCACGGGGCGCUGCGGCAGAACUGGUGUUGCCACAACGUUCAUUAACAAGAACUCGGAAGAAACGGUGUUGCUGGACCUCAAAGCUUUGCUCAUUGAAGCCGGGCAAAGGAUUCCACCGUUCCUGGACGCUCUAGACAGCAGGGGGUUAAACCUCAAGGAAAUUGGAGGUGUUCGAGGCUGCGCUUAUUGUGGUGGCUUGGGUCAUCGUAUCGGUCAGUGUCCCAAGCUGGAAAGCCAGAAGCGACAAACUCAGGGUUCCACAGGAAAAGACUACUUAACAUCUGGCUCCCGUUACGGGGGUACAGGCAAGUACGGAGGCGAGUGGUGA